ACCGCCCAUCGAUUUGAACGAGCAAAGGGCAGAUGACGCAGGCGGCGGUGCUGGACGACGACAGCUGGAUCUCCAAGUCGAACUGGCACCGCAUCGAUGGGAUGACCGGCAGCGACCAGGACAAGCUCUCGUUGCGGUACUUGGACGAGUUUGUCGGUGACUUGACGUGCUCGGCCCAAAUGUUGGCGUGGGGCCUGUUUCCGGAUGCAAAGGAAGUGACCGAGACGAUGGGCGUGUUCAACGCGAUUCGAAAACUCGGUUUGCACGAGAAAGACACGGCAACGCCGGAUGGAAUGCUCGAUGGCAUUGUCGUCGUCGGCGACGGUGUCACACCGCGCACGGCGGCGAUGUUUGCCUACCGCACCAAAGGAUGGACUUGCUACAGCGUCGACCCCAUCAUGAAAGUAUCGACGGAUCACGAUAAAGUGCCUUGGGAUGGAGUUCUUGCCAACGUCGUCUCUGUUUGCGACAAGAUUGAGAAUAUCCGCAUUCGCCUGCGAAAGGCCAUCGUCGUGCUCGUCCAUGCCCAUGUGACCAUCGAGCAAGCCAUGUGCGCGAUCGAUGCCACCGAAAUCAUCGCAGUUUUGACCUUACCAUGCUGCAAUUGGUAUGGUCGCCAGGAACAGUGCUUCGGUCGGCAACCUGAUCUGGUAUACGACGACUUGAGCAUCUUGUCAGUCCACAGAGAGGUUCGGCUAUGGAUGACUCGCCCUGGCAAACUGCACGCGGCAAAGCUCGUAUCGCUUGGCGGAUGCGUGGAAAAGGCAUACAAACCUCCUGUCGUCAAGGACUCGACCGUCGCCAGCGACUUCCUCGCGUUGGUGCUGCAACAGUCGGCACCGUCGGCACCGUCGACGGUUGAGCACAUGGCAGCUUUCUGCGCGCAGCAUUUUCAACGGGACUGGCGCGUCGGAGUGAUUGGACGGCAGGAUGAACUCGUGCACGCCUUGUCCCGUCUGGGGUUUACAGCCAUCGACUCGAUCGAGGCUGAAGACGACAUUUCGACGUUGACUUGGCACGUACUGCUCGACUGCGGCAACUUGCACCGAGCGUUGAAUCGAACGGACAAAACCAAGUCGGGCAACCUCGUUGGCCAUUUAUGCCAGCGAUGGCAAACCUGGCUCGUAGAUGCCCCCGGGGCUGCCGUCGUCAUCUUGUCAAGUCGGCGAAUGCUCCGAAGCAGGAAGUUCCUCAAUCGGACAACGCUCCACUGGGCCUCCGUCACGUCGAUCUCGUUGAGUGACCCACCCAAUUUCAUCUACGUCUGCCAAACGUACACGGCUUUUUCAUCAAUGUAGUGACCCAUUCGAGCUGUGCAGGAAACGAAAUGAAGUGCAAGCUACCCAAGACUCAUCAAUACACCACACGAUCGAUCGAGUGGCCGCCGUCCUGGCCGUUCAAUUCGACGAAGCGCCCGCCAUGCCCGUCCAUGCAUCAGGCGCAGUGUCUCGCAUUCAAGCACUGCAUGGAAACCUUUCAUUUGUCGAUUUGCAGAGUGCCGAUGGGACCACGACUCAUGUUUUGCUUCAAGAACGUUCGUUGCCGCAGGAUCCGACGUGUCUGAUGCCGCGCUCCCUUGUCCAAGUCCUUCAACUGGGUGCCAGCAACAACCAUGCAUGCGUGACUCGUCCCAGGGACCUCACGUUUACCAUCUCUAGGUGACAUGCUUCAAGUGAUGGGUACGCCUGAACCAACAAAGAAAGGGUCGAAUGUCGUUGUGGCGUCUGCGGUGCGCGUUUUCAAGAUCAAGUCGCGCGACACGCUGGUGUACUACAACUAAUCAAGCACGUUGGUCGCUUCCGCUAAGUGACCGGGUCGGUGCUGCAAUACAACAAUACCCACACGUUCUCGUCAUUGGCUCGGUUGGAUGCCGCCGUCGCCGAGGGAGGACUGCCACCGGGCAUUGGUGUCUGAGGCAGCACCACUAUGCAACAAGUCAAGUCCGAAUCGUUGGUGA